ACCCAACUUGCAAUAUUUUCCUCCGUUGCAUAAAUUUCUACCCAUACCGCGAUUCUGUCCCUCUUGAUCCAAUAUAGCCUUCUUUAGUGUUUAUCUGUCAUGCAUUUUACGAAGCAUGGCUCCAAAGCGGUCUCAGUGGACGAAUCAAGUCACGAAGGACCUGAAAAACCACCCCGGGUGAAGACCAGUGAACUUGGCUUCCAUGCGCCUGACUAUGUCCUCGACGAUAUAAUCCCGAUCUCAGAUCCUAAACUGCUCUACUCCAAUAUUCACGCCCAGCGUGACCGGCGACUUCGCCUUUUGAUCCGGCGCUAUACAAACCAGAUCCAAUAUGGAUGUAGAAAUAUCAACUGUUCCACCCCUACCUGUCUGAGCUACAGGAAGAGGAACAGCACUGGGCCCCUGAGGAAAUAUACUGAGCUUAGUGCGAGGACGCUGGCAUGCCAAUUGGUGGACGAAUACCAUCGAAGUGGCAAGGACUCGUUCUCUGGGCUCUGCCAAAACGAACCCGUUGUGCCAUGGUAUGAGGAUCCGGCGCUUAUAAAGAAAAGGAGGAAUAGCCAUGAGAAGGUUGUACACUUGCGACAGGAGAACGGGCAUCUCCCAAAACCACCGGGCCUUGCACAACGCACCAAGGAUUCGUCCAAGCCCGUGUCGACGACGGAGCAUGCGCCACGAAGAAUAAGUCAGGAUGGUGUGGUUCAGGCCGGCAGACGCCUACGAGAGAUGGAUACAAAUAUUGCAGAUGAGAUGGUUGAUGUCUUGAAUCGUACGAAUCCCCGAAGCGAUAUGGAGAAUGAGCAACUCGGUGAACACGACGCAAACGAUGAAUCGGAACAGCCACCCGCAGCUCCUGCGAGAAAGAAAGAUCUCGCCUCCUUUACACAGACAUUAUUUGAUAUGGUACCUCUGCGGCUUCUUAACUGGUUGCCAGCGAACAGCGACUGCCGCACGACCAAUGUUUCAACGCCAGCCGGUCCAUCUAGCGAUGAGAAGCAAGCUUCCGUCGAGAUCACGCCAGGAGAAUUCCCUCCAUCGACCGAAACUACUCAGACACUCUCGAAAGGAGAAACUGAUGAGCAAGAAUGUGUGUUGAAGAGGCCGCAUCAUCAACAGACAUACAGCCUCCGAACACUAACCUGGGUCACCCUGCCCUGGCUGAGAGGUGUGAGCCCAGAUGACGAUGAAGGCUAUCAUGGGAAAUUUGUUCCCUUUAUAAAACAAAGCCUUGUCUAUUGCUUCAGCGACCCCGAGCGGCUGGUGAACACGGUUAAGGAUCUUCAAGCCACUUAUUGGAAUGGUUUGAGGAAGACGGAGCAGAAUGGCGCGGAUUCGGACGACAGACCCGAUGGCAAUCCGCAAACUGACUCUAUAAGCCCGUGGCCCCUCAUUUCUACAAGCACAAGAGACGAUAUGCAAGCGCUCUUGUUCAGCUUUGCUUUUGUUCAAAAGUUUGAGCAACGCGAUCUGGUUAUGAACAGCAUAUUGAAUGCGCUACAGAACGCAUACUACCUACCACCAUGGCUACAAAGCAGACGACCAGGAAAGCACAGUCGAUCGGGCAGUGGAAGUUGCGAUCUCGCAUUGUUCAAGAGACGUCAGUCUUCGGGCGGCCACGGCUCGCGCAACUCUCCCUCUCCGAGUUCUGCGGAGCUUGACAUAGACUCUGAAGUCGGAAAGCCCUUGAUUCCACUCAAAGAUUCUCAGAUAACUGAACUAUGCCUUGUGGCACUGCUAUCCCUGGCAACCACAAUCUUUCAUCCCCCCAAUGCAUCACUUUUCAAGGGCAAGGACCAAUUUGUUCGUUUUGCCAGGGAGAGAAACAGUGGUCUUGCGCAUUCGUUCUGGCAUGUCUUCAAGGGACGAGAUCUCAUGCUCGUACGCGAGAUUAUCGACAUCAUCGACGUCACCGAAGACUGGGCUGUCCAUCGGUUGCUCACAGCUUUCAUGAAUGUUGUCAGCCACCGAUUGACCGUUAGCAAGUGGGCGGCAACGCUAAAGAGCUCAGGCGUGUCAAAACCGGAGAAGACCACAAUCGUUGACUCACUCAUUGACCGCUUCGACCGGGACUACCUCAGUGGAUGGGGCCGAUUUGACAAGAACGCCAGUUGGAUCGGCAUUGCGGCUCUCGAGCUCGGAAGGACAGUCAUGCUCAAGGACUGGGAUCGUUCUCCAGUUAUUCAGCGUGCAGGGCCUGUGGGCGGAGCCCUGGAACUUUUGGCUGGGUUGUACCGUGCACGACAUCAGCUGAAUUUGGACGCAGAUUGGUUUCAUAUGCCGUUCAUCGCCGACACCUUUGACGAUAUGUCCAUGCCAUCAGAAUGGCUGUUAUUUCGCCCAGACUCUCGACAGAUGCAUCUGCUAUCUUUCUCCUUCCUCUUCCAACCCCACGUUCUGGUCAAGUAUUUCAGGGCAAUAAAUAUUGCGAUCAUGAAGAAAUCGCAUGAGGACGCCACCAUUGUAUACAAUGAUAUCAGGCAAUAUAUGUGGGCACCCGCCAUCCCGAUCUACGGUGCAAAGGAAGUUUUGGCUCAUCUCCGGCCUCACAUGGCCAGGUACUUUGUCCUCACAAUCCGCAGACAUGAUGUCUUAAAUGAUGCGAUCGAUCAAAUAUGGCGACGCCAACGCAGGGAGUUGAUGCGCCCGUUGCGCGUCCGCCUCGGCAAGGACGAAGGAGAAGAUGGUCUCGAUCAUGGUGGAGUCCAACAAGAAUUCUUCAGAGUUGUUUUCGGUGAGGCACUCAGACCAGAGUAUUCCAUGUUCACGAUCGAUAGUACGACAAGGAUGGCUUGGUUCCAGCCAGGUUCCUUCGAACCACUUUACCGGUUUGAGGCUUUAGGCAUUUUGAUGUCGAUGGCUAUCUACAACGGAAUCACUCUGCCAAUCACCAUGCCAUUAGCAUUCUACCGGAAGCUCUUGGGACUCAAGGUGAAGAAGCUCGACCAUAUCGCUGACGGCUGGCCCGAAUUAACGAAAGGCUUAACAGCGCUCUUGGACUGGUCCGAUGGGGAUGUAGGGGAGGUGAUUGCGAGGACGUAUGAGUUCAGCUACGAGCUCUGUGGAACCACCGCGACCGUGGACAUGCAGAAGGUUGGUCGAUAUGACCCUUGGCCACCAACCAAGCCGCGGACGAGCAAGAAAGGCAAAGAAAAGUCCAAAUCCACCUCUUUCGAGUUGCCGCUAGAACCAGCAUUGACUCCGCCUCCUCAACCGUCGCCGAAUCUGAGCCCCAAUUUACCGAAUGGUUCGAUCUUGAGUCGGACCUCCUCGAUCGAAGUCAAAGGGAUAACCACCCCCUUGAGCAUCGAUAGUGACAUGCUCGAGAAUCCUGGACAAGAAGCUGCAUUGGUCACCAACGCCAACCGUGAACAGUAUGUUAAAGACUAUAUCCUGUGGCUGGUGCACAAAUCCAUCGAACCACAAUAUGAAGCCUUUGCCAAGGGGUUUUACACCUGCCUCGACCGCACGGCAUUGUCCAUCUUCAACCCUGAAUCCCUGAAGGCACUAAUCGAGGGAUAUCCCGAGAUCGACAUCGACGAGCUCCAGAUGACGACCACCUACGACGACUAUACACCGGACUCGCCCACAAUCGUCGACUUCUGGCACAUUGUCCGCAGCAUGAGCACCCACCAACACCGACAGCUCCUGGAAUUCGUCACCGCGAGUGAUCGGGUGCCUGUCAACGGGAUGCAGAGCGUGACGUUCAUCGUGCAGAAGAACGGUGAGGAGGAUGACAGGCUGCCCAGCAGCAGUACAUGCUACGGCCGGUUGCUGUUGCCGCAGUACUCGAGUCGGGCGGUGAUGGAAGAGAAACUGACAAAGGCAAUCGAGAACUGUGUUGGGUUCGGGACCUUGUGAUUCGUCCCGGCAUCUGCUGUUCGGGGUCCAGACGGUAUGAGCAGAUGCAGGUGCAAAAAGGGGCGUGCUGGGACGUAAGUCCUAUCUGCGCUAGAUAUUAACGAAUUCAAGAAAAAGCGGCGCCUGAUGAGAGUGGAACACGGGGACUGUUUCGAAGCGAGCGAGCGAGCGAGCCAGCAAUAGAUGAUUUGGAUCUUGAUAAUGUUUAUCGAGACCCGUUGACUUUUACGAUGAUAUGUAUUUUUUUAAACAAAAAAGGGGGGAGGGCAUGAUUGAACUUGAAGUCUACAGCCUUCCUCUCCUAUGAGCCGUGCCUGGUCGCUUGUUGGUGUGAGUCUAUU